AAGUGGCACCAUCGACUGGGUGCCUCUUGGUGAUGGAUUUGUCCAGUAUCUUUUGGAAAACGGGGCAGACCCAGACUUUCCAUCGCCGGAUGAGAUUUUUCACUGGUCAGGCGUACCCACCUGGCCGUUCCUGUAUGCCAGCGCCCAUCAAAGGAUGACUUGGUCACGCUCUUCAAGCCCAUGGCGCGGCCUGUCGAGACUCUCACCAGCAAGCACUUGUGCAACGCUCGCGAUCCCGAGCAUCUGGAGCUCUUGCUCUUGCUCCCGCAUAUGGAUCCCAACCGGACCUCGCCGGAGGGCUGGCUCCCUCUCAUCGCUGCGCUGAAUCGAAUAGAAUUGGAGAAUGUCAAACUGCUGAUAGCCGCUGGGGCCGAUCCAACGCUGCCGACUUAUGAUGGGUUUUGCCCGCUCGCCAGAGCGGCGUUCUCGAAUGAGGACGAAGAGAUCUUGCGAAUUAUGGCUAAGGUGGCCAGCAAUAUCAACGUGAAACCAGGGGAGUAUACGGUUCUCCGCAGUGAUGCAGAGGCUGGAGUGUGUCGAAUUUUACUUGAGUGCGGGGCGUCGAUGGGCGAUGACGAUGGAUUACCGGACUUGAGGUCUGCUUUGAGAGAUCUCUUCCACUCGUCCAACACGCCCAUGCCGGAUUGCUUGCAAUCCAUGGUAAUCUAAGUUCUUGCUUAUUCAAUUUUGUUCUAUGCACUUGAAGUGUAAGCAGAAGUAGUUAAAUUCA